CCCCUCUGCUCUCGGUCCCUCCCUGGGAACAGGCGCUGCCCACCCAAGGAGGCGACCGGCGCUCCUGCCCCGCUGCCGCUCGCACAGACACAGACACACACUCACACAUACACAGACUCACACAGAUACACCCGUGCGUGCGCCUCUCGCUCCGCACGGGAGUCACUGCUGGUGCGUGCAGGUUGCUCAGACCUGAAAUCUGAGGGAAAAGAUCAGCGUUUGCGUCGCUGCUCCUGCCGCCGGUGGUGGUAGCGGUGAAGAGAAGAGGGGUUUGUGUUAUUUGGUUUCUUUUUUUCUUUCCUUCUUUUUUUUUUUUUAUACCCCCCCCGCUCUCCCCCAUUCAAUGGAUCUGAACUUGGAGCCUUUGGACCUCGCUGGUUUUGGAAUAUCUACAUGCUGAUCCUUUUUAUUGUGACACAUCAAGUUAUUUGGGGAAACCAUCCGAAGACAGCAAGAUGUUUCUCGUUCUCCUGUACUUCGCUUUGCCCUUAGUGGAUGUACUUCUGUGUGCAGAAGUGAGCGGGCUGCCUGGAGGGGACCGCCUGGACUGCGUGAAAGCCAGCGAUCAGUGUCUGAAGGAGCAGAGCUGUAGUACUAAGUACAGGACACUGAGGCAGUGUGUAGCCGGCAAAGAGAGCAACUUCAGCCGGGCCACGGGCCUGGAGGCGAAGGACGAAUGCAGGAGCGCCAUGGAAGCCCUCAAGCAGAAAUCCCUCUACAACUGCCGCUGUAAGAGGGGCAUGAAGAAGGAGAAGAACUGCCUGCGCAUUUACUGGAGCAUGUACCAGAGCUUGCAGGGAAAUGACUUGCUUGAAGAUUCCCCUUAUGAGCCAGUUAACAGCAGACUAUCAGACAUAUUCAGGCUAGCACCAAUGGUAUCAGUGGAGCCAGUACUUUCAAAGGGGAACAAUUGCUUGGAUGCAGCAAAAGCUUGCAACCUAAAUGAUACCUGCAAGAGGUUCAGAUCUGCUUACAUAACCCCCUGCACCAGCAGCACGUCCAAUGAAAUCUGUAACAAGCGGAAGUGUCAUAAGGCCCUCCGGCUAUUUUUUGACAAAGUCCCCCCAAAGCACAGCUACGGGAUGCUCUUCUGCUCCUGUCGAGACGUAGCCUGUACAGAGAGGAGACGGCAGACUAUUGUUCCUGUGUGUUCAUAUGAGGACAGGGAGAAACCAAACUGCCUGAAUUUACAAGAGUCCUGCAAGAAGAAUUACAUCUGCAGAUCUCGCCUUGCAGAUUUCUUCACAAACUGCCAGCCUGAGUCACGGUCUGUUAGCAGCUGUCUGAAGGAGAACUAUGCUGACUGCCUGCUCGCUUACUCGGGGCUUAUUGGCACCGUGAUGACACCAAACUACAUAGACUCAAACAGUCUCAGUGUUGCCCCGUGGUGCGACUGCAGCAACAGUGGUAAUGACAGAGAUGAAUGCCAGAAGUUCCUGAAUUUCUUCCAGGACAACAUAUGCCUUAAAAACGCAAUUCAGGCCUUCGGCAAUGGUACUGAUGUGAAUGUCUGGCAGCCAAUCUUACCAGUACAGACCACGACAGCCACAACUACAACAGCUUCCAGACUGAAAAACACAGGUUCAGAGACCACCAACAAUGAAAUACCCUCCCACAAUGAUUCACCAGCAUGUGCAAACCUGCAGGCACAGAAGAAGCGAAAAUCCAAUGAAUCUGUAGAUACAGAGCUCUGUCUUAAUGAGAACGCUAUUGGGAAGGACAACACAGCAGGAGUCUCCACCAGUCACAUAUCUGCGGAGAAUUCACUCGCUCUUCCCACAAGCUUCUAUCUAAGCACACAGCUCACCCUGAUGACACUUGCACUCUCACUCUGUUUGUCCCUAAGCUCAUCAGUCGCCUUGUAGCUGCAUUACAAAAGGAC